AUGUCACUGAAGGAGAAGACAAUGCAGUAUGAACUUGAUUGUAAAGAUCAUGAUAACAACGUUGAAUUGGUCGUACAAUCACUUGUAAUUGAUGCGUUCACGCAGCUACGAGACUUGUGGCAAACGUUUGGACUAUCUGAGCAAGAUCAGCUGCAACAGAAGGAGCUCAUGCUUGAUACCAUAAAAAAAAGCUGUCAAUCUACAGUGAGAACAUGGCGCAAUGAAGUUGAUCACGCAAAAGGUCGAGUGACAGAGCUGGAGAAAGAGGUGCAGACCAUCAAAGCGCAGUUCCAAGGCAACAAGUCCACAGGUUGGUGUAUACAGUCAUUGGACAAGUUGUGCAGUGGCACUCUUCGCGAUAGAGCUGCAGCGCUUGAAAUGGAGCUCAAGUUUCUCGAGAGUGUUCGUACAAGUCGGUUGACUGAAAUUGACAAGCUAAGAAACCAAUUACGCUUGAUGGACAAGAAACUGGGCACCACGUCUACACUGCCUGCAGGUAUUUCCAAGCUCAGUGAAGAGUUCAAAGUAGCUUUGCAGGACCUGGUUAAAAGCAGGUCACGUGAAGUGCACACACGAAGAGCUGCCUUACUGGAGGCUGUAAGUGAGUGUGUGCAACUCGCUCGAGAGCUCCAAAUUGGAGCUGAAAACACUUUUGAAGCAGAAAUCAAUGCUCGCUUAAAGGAGAGAGAUUUGUCGACCAGAAUGCUGCAGAAGAUUUCGCGAAGGACUGUGGAGCUUCGAGAGAUGAAAGUUAGACAAGAGGCGUGUUUGGCGGAUAUGCUAGGGCAAAUUCGCGAUCUAUGGCAGGAAUUAAAAAUAUCGGACGAAGAGCAGGAACGUUUUCAAAUGACCAUCCAUGGAGUUGGUAAAGCUGCACUCGCGUCGUGCGAGGCCGAGUUGACAAGACUCCAACGUCACCACAAGCGAUUUUCUGCGACUGCUGUCCAGGUUGCGAACCUGCGUAACACCAUCACAGAGUACUGGGACCUGCUAGGAUACGACCCCGACCAGCGCAUUCCGUUUACUGCUAUGAUGACGACUCCGGACACGGAGCUAUCCUACAGGAUCUUUCGUGCCCAUGAAAAAGAAGCGGAGCGGCUUAAACGUCAUGUGUCUGCCAUGAAGUUUCUCACUCACUAUGUUGUCAAGCGCGAGGAAAUUCUGCAAGCUCGCGCGGAACAUGGCGUUCCGGACGAGCGAACACGCCUUCAUAUUGAACGGGAGUUGCCAAGGUAUACCGCAAUGUUGCUGAACCGGAUCGCGAAGUGGGAAAAAGAGACUGGUGUGGUCUUCCGCUGGAACGGCGAGCCGUAUCUAGAGCAUAUGCGCAUGGAAGACCAUAAGUUCGAAAAACAGAGAAACAAAAUCAAGCAAGCUCAGCCACAGCAGGCGCAAAACAGUUCACUCUCAUCGGGUGGGCCUAACAAUCGAAGGCGCCGUCUUCAGACUAAUCGCCACUCGAUUCAGGAUUGCGCACCCCCACACAUUUCUGAAAUGGAGGAGCAGCUUCAACAUCGUCGUUCCGAUCCGCAAGCUCUGGAGCGCCCCCGAUGGCGAAAGUUUAUCCGGAGUACGUUCUCAAAACACGCCAAUUCGUAG